GUCUCUCUGGGGCUGCCAGAGUGGGCGUGUCCCUAUUGGGUGGAGGGGGAAGUAACACCGCAACAACGCUGUCAUUUCCUGGGCCGAGUUGUGACCUGGAGACGGCCUCAGCAUGAUGAAACAGGCAGCUGCUGCUGCAGUGGGAGGAGCCCUGGCAGUGGGGGCUGUGCCCGUGGUGCUCAGUGCCAUGGGCUUCACUGGGGCAGGAAUCGCCGCAUCCUCCAUAGCAGCCAAGAUGAUGUCCGCAGCAGCCAUCGCCAACGGCGGUGGGGUUUCUGCGGGGAGCCUGGUGGCUAUUCUGCAGUCUGUGGGAGCAGCCGGACUCUCCACAUCAUCCAACAUCCUCCUGGCCUCUGUUGGGUCAGUGUUGGGGGCCUACUUGGGGAAUUCACCUUCUUCUCUCCCAGCUGAACCCAAGGCUGAAGGAAAUGAGGCAACAGAAAAUGUACCCCAAGGUGAACCUCCAAAACCCCCACUCAAGUCAGAGAAGCCUGAGGAAUAAAGGUCACAUGCAGAUGCA